CACACCCCCCACUCAUCCACGCACACAACAGAGACCACUCAUUGCCUUCGACUCCAACCAGAGAGAGAGCAACAGAGGCACAGAGCAAGCGAGCAGCUGCCGGGUCAGCGAGCCCGCUGCUGCAGCAGCAAUGGCGACGUGUCGCCUCACUUCAUGUUGCCUUCUCCUCGCCGUGCUCCUGGGGGCAGUGGCUGCCGCCUCCGCCUUCGACGAAGCGGCCGCCGCUGGCGUCGGCCUUGGUCACGGGGCGCGUUUCGCACGCAAGCCAGGACGCGCUGCUGCCGAGAAACCACAACCAGAGCUCCAACCCAAGCCACAGCCCGUGCCAGAACCAAAACCCGAACCAAAACCAGAGCCCAUGCCACAUCCAGAGCCUAAACCUAAACCCAAACCAGAGCCUGAACCAAAGCCAAUGCCACAUCCAGAGCCUAAACCUGAGCCAAAACCAGAACCCAAACCUGAGCCUUUACCUCAUCCUGAACCAAAACCUGAACCUCACCCUGAGCCCUUGCCCAAACCUGAGCCUAAACCGCAGCCUAUGCCACACCCAGAGCCUGAACCAAAGCCAAUGCCACAUCCAGAACCUAAACCUGAGCCAAAACCAGAACCCAAACCUGAGCCUUUACCUCAUCCUGAACCAAAACCUGAACCUCACCCCGAGCCCUUACCCAAACCUGAGCCUAAACCGCAGCCUAUGCCACAACCAGAGCCUAAGCCUCAGCCCAGACCCAAACCGGAGCCGAAGCCCAUGCCUCAACCUGGACCCAAGCCGGAGCCAAAGCCUAAGCCAAAACCAAAACCGGAGCCAAAACCUGAGCCAAAGCCGAAACCAGAACCUGAACCAAAACCCAAGCCAGAACCAAAGCCGGAGCCUAAGCCUGAACCAGAACCGAAACCAGAACCUGAACCAAAACCCAAACCAGAGCCAAAACCAGAACCUAAACCUGAACCAAAACCGAAGCCAGAACCAGAACCAAAACCCGAACCUAAACCUAAACCAGAACCAAAACCAGAACCAGAACCAAAACCCAAACCGCCGCCGCACAUCCCACCGGCAGCUAACUGACCAUGUGGCCGCUAUUUUGUAUGACGCGGCAGAGUAUCUGAAUAAAACCGGCCUGGGCCGGAGCUGCAGCAUGUGCUAGCUGCUGCUAGUUGUGCUAUUCUUUCUUUUCUUGUUACAUGCACGCUGAUUACAUUGGUGCACUUUAUUUUGUUCUUUCUACGUCUAUUGUGUACGUGACUCGUUGCUACUCUUUGUGUCA